CUGCAACGUCAUCAUCAAGCGGCCAAUCAGAUCACUAGUGGUGCCGCGGAUAUUUGAAAACAGAAAUGGCAGACGUCCAAGCUGUUGUGCAGCUGUGUGAUCCCUCUCUCCUGGAUCUCUGUGGAGACUCUGAGUCUGACUGUUCUGAAGCAGCCAGGAUGGUUCUCCACCUGACGGACAGCCGUCGUGUCCAGAAGAUUCUGGGUCGUCAGCUGUUUGUUCUGGACUCCAUGAUGUCUCUACUGGAGGGUCUGGAGUCUGCCCAGCAACUGAUGACACAACCCUGCCCCCCCCAACCUGAUGGCAGGGCUCGGAGGCGCUGGAAGGCUCUGAAGGCGGAGAACAGGUUGGUGGUGGAGGAAACGGAGACUCUGCUCACAUCUCUGCAGGACAGAAGUCAACAGAUCCAGGACAGAAGACACACACUCACACAGCUGGUUCAACAGCUGGACAGCAAGAAGCAGCAGAGUAAACAGCUGGAGGAGUCUCUGCAGAAGGCCCAGAAUGCAUUGCAGUCCUGCGAUCAUCAGCUGACCCAGCUGAAGGCAGAGUCAGAGGUGGUGCUCGGCCAGCUGAUGGUCUGGCAGCGAAUCAGAGACGAGCUGCAGGCGUACGUCUCCGCCGCACAGGACAUCAUGCAGAUCACCCUGCUGUCCUUCAACCAAUCAGAGCUGUGUGUGGAGCUCAGGCCACGCCCUUGCUCGCACCUGUCGUCCAAUGAGCUGGAGCCACUGAGGCUGUCCGUCACCUGGAGCCAUGACGACCGCUUCACAUUGCAGGUGAUGGAGGGCCCGGCCGGUCUGGUGGAGGACGGCGUGUCUGGCCGGCGCUCUGCGCUGAGUGCCGCCCUGCUGGAGGUGAUGCAGUGUUACGUUGGCCAAUCAGAGCUGCUGUCUGAGAUCCAGAGACUCAGAUCCAGUUUUGCCAUCGACUGGCGUCCGUCUCAGCGUGUUCUCGUCUACCUGAAGUCAGCGUUGUUGGUGUGUGAGCUGGAGGUGGACGAGGGAUACCCGAGCAGAGGAGCAUCCCGCCUGCUCUCUGUACGGAGGGACGGACAACCUCUGGACACAUCUGGACUCAAGCCUUAUAAAUCUGUCCUCAGUCUGACAGACUGGUUGGUGUUUCUCUCCAGCAGUCCUCUGAUCUGACCACUCUUCCCCUCUCCUCCCUCUCUUUCCGCUCCCUCUCCUCCCUCUCCCUCUCUUCUCUUCUCUCCCUCCUCUCC